UCAUAUGAAGCUGCUGUCCACGGUACUGAAACUCUCAGCGUGUGGAGACCGCUCCCCACCCCAGAGAACAAAUACCGGACCAAGGCGAUUUGACCCAGAGCCAGGGCAGAACACAUUCGAGUCGAGCAGAAUUUAUUUGUGUAUUGUUCAGACCCAACAGUUCGUUUCCUUAGCAACAUGACUCAAGAAAAAGCCAGUGAGAAAGCAUCUUAGCUGACGAUUAUCUGCAUCAAAAAAGAACAAGUGCAAAGCACAAAUUGAUUGAGACCUGAUCUUUUUUCCUUCUUUUAAAAGCCUUUCAAGUCUUUAAGAAUGGGGGACAAAAUGUUACCAGCCCAAGAGGCUGCUAAGAUCUAUCACACCAAUUAUGUGAGGAAUUCCAGAGCAAUAGGUGUUCUCUGGGCUAUUUUCACCAUUUGUUUUGCCAUUAUAACUGUGGUCAUUUUUAUCCAGCCCUAUUGGAUUGGGGACAGUAUCAAUACGCCCCAGGCUGGCUAUUUCGGAUUGUUUCAUUACUGUAUCGGGAACGGACUGACUAGGGAGUUGAUCUGCAAAGGAAGCGCUCUGGAUUUCGGUUCCAUCCCCUCGGGAGCCUUCAAAACUGCCAUGUUCUUCGUUGGCAUCUCCAUGCUUCUGAUCAUUGGUUGCCUUGUUUGCUUCAGUCUCUUUUUCUUUUGCAACUCUGCCACGGUCUAUAAAGUCUGCGCCUGGAUGCAACUCGCAUCAGCUACUGGCCUGAUAAUGGGAUGCAUGAUUUACCCCGAUGGCUGGGAUUCAGAUGCUGUCAAACAAAUGUGUGGGGACAAAACUGACAAGUACACUUUGGGAGCAUGUUCUGUUCGUUGGGCUUACAUCUUGGCCAUAAUUGGGAUCCUGGAUGCUCUCAUUUUGUCCUUCUUGGCCUUUGUGCUUGGUAAUAGGCAAGACAGCCUUCUUCCUGAGGACUUCAAGGUAGAAAACAAAGAUGCAGACAAUGCCUAAAGAUGGCAUCAACAUUCAUUUCAAUUAUGAAUUGUUCAGAAUGUUCACAAUGAUGGAUCAAAGAAUCUUCAUAUUCUCCUCAGCAGGUGAAUUAUGUUGCAGAUUCCCAAAAGGCUAAGCUAAUACAGCAGUUUGUUCAUCUGUGGAACUGCAUCCAAGUUGUAAUUUGAAAUUAUGAAAUGUGAUUUACUUUGACUCAUUCAAUUGAGGGCCAGGCUACUUGGCAUCAAGGUCAGAGGUAUAGUGUGUUAAAAGGUUUUAAUUUCUGCCACUGUGUUGAUACAAAUAAACCUCAUUACAAAGAGCACUAGCAUUAUCAUCUUGGGUCCAAGUACAGUGAAGUAUUAUGGCUCUGUGCUGUAUGUAUACUGUUUUGAAUGUAUGUCCCUUACACUUUAACAAAAAAAAUCCCUAUUAAUCUAUGUCUAAUUCUUGUAAUGAACUAGUUAAAAUCUGAAUGUAUCUAUGUAUAAUACCAUGUUUUAAUGAGAUAUGAAGAACUGAUGCUGCUUUGAUUUGUCACAAAUCAAAAAUUUCACCUACACCAUUUCUGAACAAAGAUUUAUAAGGCUGUUUUCAUAGAUUAGGAAAAAAUCCCAAGUGGAUGACCAACUUGUUUUAAAUAGAAGAAACUGCAUUUCUUCUCAGCUCAGCACUUUGCAAAAGCAUAAUUUAAUGACACCUGUUGUUGAGUUAAAAUAAGGUGAUUUGUUGAAGCAACAAAAGUCAAAUAACCUCUGGUUACUAGAUGCCAAUUUGGACUGUAAAUCUGAAAUUUAACAUUUGUAUGGGAAGCAGACAUCAAUAAUUAAAAGUAAGUUCUAGCUUAGGAAACACUUUAAAAUAUCCUCUCUAGAUUUGAGUUUUGAAAAGUUGCAAAAAUCCCAAAACAAGAGAGUGAGAUUAGUAUUAUUGCAAAGGUCUUUGCCACAGAGUACAAAAGAAAUAUUGUUGGGUAUGGAACUGGGUAGGUGCAACUUCACAGAGAUGCUCCUAAUUCAAAAACUGGUGUUUCAUACAUCGACACAUGAACAUUCCUUUGUAGCUUGCAAUUAAAUACCAUCUUGCUGCUCAAAUAAAAGAACACUACUCCUCAUUUUCAUGUCAAAUUAUUUUACUGUACAAAUCAUGUCUAUAGUUGAAUGACAUUCCACCAGCAAAUGAGUGAAUUUGUAAUUUAUUGUAUUGAACAACAAUUUUGCUGCCUUGGAAUGCCUUAGAGUUAAGAUAUUAAUAAACUAUUCUUUCAUGGUUCGACAUUUUGGCCAGCUCAGAUGACAACUGCUCUAUAUAUGCCAGACUGUUUUCCCACAUUUUUAAGCAUACAUGUUUAUUAUUAUUUCAGUGAUAAAAUAAUGGUUACAUUAAUUAAGCUAUUGUAAUUUCAUUAAUAUUUAUCUAUCUGAAGACAAUGGUUUCUUCAUAGAAAAGGCUCUAUUACCAACAGUAAAAGGGGGAAUGCCAUAGACAUACUAAAACAUGGGUUUGUAACUGCAUUUUUAUAGUAUUUACUCUGGACUAUGCAGUAAGUGACCUACAAUAAGCACAGUUGGAUUCCUAAAUGUUUUGUAAUUUAAUAUCGAUCUUAUCCUCUUGCUAGGGACCAACGUAAUAAACUCAACAAUACCAGUUAGAGAAAACUAAAACUUGUACGUAGCUACUGACCAUUUAAGAUAACCUCUUUCGAUCACAGCCUUCUUGUAUUUGGGGCACACAAUCCACAUAACAUUAUAUAAAAAAGAUCAAAAAUGAAUAUUUUAUUAUGUUGUUUUUAAUUCUGUCGUCAUUUUUUUUCUUUUGUAAAAAAACCCUUUAUAAAAAGCCAUGGUUUGGAUAACAAAUCAAAAUUUAAAAAAACAAGAGCCCAGAAAAUGCAAAGAAUACUGGUUCAAUGUUGCUUUUGUCCACCUAGAAAUCCUUGUUCCAAAAUGGAAAAUAAAUAGUCUUGAUAGUAACCAAUGCUGAAUCAAGCCUUAGCUGUCAAAAUCUAGCACAAGAUUCAGUCAAAGAAGUUGUCAUGUAA